AUGGCAAGCUUUUGGACUUGGACUAGUGAUGAGAAAUUACAGAAAGCGGAGGAUGUACUUGUGAAACUUGCAGGGUUGGAAGAUGAAGAGUUUAAGUCGUAUCCUGUGAAGUUCACUUUUACUGCAAGAGAUUGGAAGGAGGAUUAUAAUGAACAAAUGGAGUAUGUACAAUCAAAUAGCUGGGUAUGCUUCUGAGGUACUUCACAACGUUAUGUUCCAAUUGAAGACAAUGAAUACAUCUGGACUUAUGAGUUCGGUGACACCUCAAAACCUCACAUUGUGAUUGUUCACGGAUUCGGUGGUGCUGGAAUGAUCUUCUUCAAAAUGUUCAAACAACUCUCCCAGCAUUUCCAUGUGUACUUAAUCGACAUCCUCGGAAUGGGUAGAAGCAACAGAGGAGACUUUGAUUGAGAAACCUACCAGGAAUGAGAGAACUACUUCGUGAACUCCAUCGAGAAGUGGAGGCAAAAAGUUGGCAUUCGCAAAAUGAAUUUGUUGGGCCACUCGUUUGGUGGGUUCAUUUGUUCUAAAUAUGCUCUACACUAUCCAAGAAAAAUUAACAAGUUAUUAUUAUUUUCACCUUGGGCUAGUGAAUCUUGAACUGAGGAGCAGAUUCUUAACUUUGAUAGAGAAACUGAGGAUCAAUCUUGGAAAACUAGAGCCCAACUUAAAGCUUUUAAAACUAUUUACAAAAAUAUAUCUCCAUUUGGAAUGGCCAGAAAGGCUGGAGGAUUGCUAGGUGGUUUCAUUGUAAAAAUGGCUAUACGCCAAAGAUUUGACAACGAACUUGACAUAAAAGAUCUAAAAGCUAUUGUGCAAUAUCUUGAACAGAUAACUUUGAGGAAAGAAGGUAGCGAGUCAGCCUUUGUUAAAAUGUUUCCUCAUUUCAAUAGAAGCAAAUAUGCUAUAUGAAAUUAUCUUGAUGAAUAUGAAGAACUCGAUAUCGAAAUCUCCUUUUAUUAUGGAGAGUGAGACUGGAUGAAUUCAUGAUACAAUGGAUUGAAUGUAUCGCAACAGCUAGAAAAUUCUGGCCACAAGGUCUACAUAGUACCUGAUACAAGCCAUCAUUUAUACUUUAGAAAUCCUUGUGGGGCAUUUGAUAUGAUUCUUGACGAUUUUGAAACUAGUUCGAGACAUUUCGAUUUCGGCUCUGCAAAUAGUUAA